AUGCCACCGCCCUCGAAAUCUCUCCCGUUCUCUCUGACCCUCAUUCUCGCCGCGACGCCCUCGCUCGGCAUCGGGAAGGGCGGAACACUACCAUGGCCACAAUUGAAGAAGGAAAUGGGAUAUUUCGCGCGCGUCACGAAGCGCGUUCCGCCACGCACGGAUACAGCAGAAGGGGUCAGGAGAUGCAAUGCAGUAAUCAUGGGGCGCAAGACGUGGGACUCCAUACCAGAAAAAUUCAGGCCGCUGAAAGGAAGGCUAAACGUCGUCCUCACGCGGGAUUCUCGGACAAUCUCUCCCAUUAAAAACCUCGAUGACGAUGCGGUCGAAGGGCCCCUGAUAUCUCCCGACCUUACGACCCUGCUCCACCACCUUGACAACUACCCCAACCCCACCCCUACUAAAACACAAACCCAAAUCGAACGCGUCUUCGUUAUCGGCGGAGCGAGCAUAUAUAAAGCGGCGCUGGAGCUACCGCAGACGGAUAGGGUGCUUUUGACGAAGAUACAGAAGGACUAUGAGUGUGACACGUUCUUUCCGGUGGACUUGGAUAAGGAGGGGAGUGGGUGGAGAAGGUGUGAGAAGGGGGAGUUGGAGGAGUGGACGGGGGAGAGUGUGGACGAGGGUGGAGUGGUGGAAGGGAGCGUGAAGUUUGAGUUUUGUUUGUAUGAGAAGGAGACAUGA